UGUUGUAUUUGUAUCUAUGAUCUGUAGGUGCGCAUUGAAUGUCAUAUUUUUUAAUUAUAAUUGUAUAACUGCUCCAAUGGAAGGUCCCACAGUCCUGUGGCAGGUCUGUCUACUAAUAACAGGUCUUUGAAAUCUAUCUUCAGAUAAAGGAUAUUUAUAAAAAGGAUAAAGAAUCAUUCUAGUCUGGAAAGUUGGUCUCAGCAAAAAGAAAAAUAUUUAUUUGGUCAGUAAUCUUUUCAGUUUUGAACAGGAUUUCAUCCUUUUUUAUUAAGGCAAGUUAAAGCUUGUGAAACUGCUUAUUCUCUCUCACUUCAUCUACUAGUGUCUUUCUAUGUAUCUCAUGACCAUUGCCAUCUCUCUCCCCUUCCUAUCUGUCUCUCUCUCCCUACAGCAUAUUGUGUUUGACUAUGACAUGAACGACACUGGUUCUGGCUCUGGUUCUGGUGACUUGGGGGGGGACCUGGAGGAGCCGUGUGACCUGGAUCAAGUUAUAACCCCUGACUUCCAGCGAGUGUUUCUCCCUGUGGUCUAUGGCUUGAUCUUCGUCCUGGGCAUCACUGGGAACGGCCUGGUGGUGAUGGUGCUCGGCUGCCAGCGCAGGUCCAAACUGAGUCUGACAGACCGCUACCGGCUGCACCUCUCUGCUGCCGAUCUUCUCUUCGUGCUGGCGCUCCCGUUCUGGGCAGUGGAUGCCGCGCUGACGGACUGGCGUUUCGGACUAGGCGCCUGUGUGGGCGUGCACGUCAUCUACACGGUGAACCUGUAUGGGAGUGUGCUCAUCCUGGCCUUCAUCAGUCUGGACCGCUACCUAGCAGUGGUCAAAGCAACAGACACGCACACCUCAGGCAUGAGACAGCUACUGGCACGGAGACUGGUGUAUGUAGGAGCCUGGUUGCCUGCGGCUCUUUUGGCAGUGCCAGACAUAGUGUUUGCCAGGACUCAGGAAGCAGGAGAUGGGGUAAUGGUGUGCCAGCGCUUAUACCCAGCUGACAACGCUCCUCUCUGGGUGUCGGUGUUCCACCUGCAGCUGGUGUUGGUGGGUUUGGUGGUACCGGGCCUAGUUUUGCUGGUGUGUUACUGUGUCAUCGUGUCCAGGCUGACCCGUGGCCCUCUGGGGGGGCAGAGACAGAAGCGCAGAGCUGUCAGGACCACUGUGGCGUUGGUCCUGUGCUUCUUCCUGUGUUGGCUCCCGUAUGGUGCUGGCAUCACUGUGGAUGCCCUCAUGCGCCUAGAGGUCCUUCCCAGGGGCUGUAGUCUGGAGGUGGUGCUGGGUGUGUGGCUAGCGGUGGCUGAACCAAUGGCAUUUUCCCACUGCUGUCUAAACCCACUGCUGUAUGCCUUCCUGGGGGCGGGCUUUAAGAGCUCCGCCAGACGGGCGUUGACACUAAGUCGCGUCUCCAGUCUGAGGAUUCUACCUCGUAGACGCCCAGGAACCUCUACUACCACAGAGUCUGAGUCAUCUAGUCUACACUCCAGCUAACAGAAUAUAGGUGUGGAUGUGGGUUGGGUGUGGAUGUGGGUUGGGUGUGGGUGUAGAUGUUUUGUCCUGUAUGUGAGUAGAGGGUAGUCUGCUGGUCCAUGACUUGCCUUUGUCUGAAAGAUGAACUUUUCUGUAAAUAUGUUUUGUGGGUCACUAUUUUUGUUUUUAAGUUUGUUUGUUUGCAAUAAAAUUUCUAAUUAAAUGUU